AUGGAAAACCGGGCGCGGGACUGGCAAUGGCGCUCCGGCCCUGCCUGGCCCAAAUGGAGCGCGGUGCGGCCGCUCAGGCCUGUCACAGACCGGGCGCAGGACGCGCAGCCUGUGCAGAGCGGAGGGCUGUGCCCGUCUGCACACGGCGCCUCACUGCGCCCGUGCCCUGGAGCGCUGAUUGGCUGGGCGGGACGUGAAGUCCUAUUAGAGCGAAGUCCCCCGCGGUACUUGUGCUGCUGUGGAGUUGUGGGCGGGCGAGGCGCCGGCUGUUGCCGCGGUGUGUCCGGACGGUCGUGCUUAGGCUCUGCGAUGUCUGACCCAGCACAGCAACCUGCUUCUGCAGUCCCUGAAGGGGAAGCCCCUGGUGGGGGACCCCCUGAACCACCCCCCAAUCUGACCAGCAACCGUCGGCUGCAGCAGACGGAGGCCCAAGUGCAGGAGGUGGUUGAUUUAAUGCGUGUAAAUGUAGACAAGGUGCUGGAACGAGACCAGAUACUGUCACAGCUGGAUGACCGGGCUGAUGCACUUCAGGCUGGUGCCUCACAGUUUGAAAGUAGUGCAGCAAAACUCAAAAGGAAGUAUUGGUGGAAGAACUGCAAGAUGAUGAUCAUGAUGGGAGUGAUUGGUGCCAUUGUGGUGAUGGUGAUUGCAAGUAAGUACUGA